GCAAGUGUGAAGCCAUCCCGGUGGUGGUUAAAGGAAUCCGUCUGACACUCAUGAGCGGCCACAGCGUCACUCUGUGAAGGGAAACACUCGUGGGUCCGGCGGCUGUCAGUGGGAGAAUCCAGGCUCUGUUUGACCGGGGGAAGAAGGACGUUUAUCGGCUUCGGAAACAGGAAGCUAGCAUGAUGGCAGUGCUGGGCAGCGCCGGUCGCUUUAUCCAAUUCGUCAGGAGCAGCGUCAGCCUGAGUGUGAGGAGACGCUCCACCGCUGCUGCGUUAGCCCAGACUGCAACGCCAGAGACACAGGAGAACAGGAAACCAAAGACUGGAAUCCUGAUGUUGAACAUGGGAGGACCAGAGAAACUGGAAGACGUCCAUGACUUCCUGCUGCGACUCUUCAUGGACACGGACCUGAUGAAACUCCCCGUUCAAAAUAAACUCGGUCCGUUCAUCGCCAAGCGCCGCACGCCCAAGAUCCAGGAGCAGUACAGUAAGAUCGGAGGAGGCUCGCCCAUCAAACACUGGACGUCCAUGCAGGGAGAGGGCAUGGUGAAGCUGCUGGACGACAUGUGUCCCGACACAGCUCCUCACAAGUUCUACAUCGGUUUCCGCUACGUUCACCCGCUGACGGAGGAGGCCAUCGAGGAGAUGGAGAAGGACGGCGUGGAGAGGGCGGUGGCCUUCACUCAGUACCCGCAGUACAGCUGCUCCACCACAGGCAGCAGCCUGAACGCAAUCUACCGUUACUAUAGCAACAGAGACGACAGGCCCAAAAUGCGCUGGAGCGUCAUCGACCGUUGGCCCACACACCCACUGCUGGUGGAGUGUUUUGCAGAACACGUGAGCAACGAGCUGCAGAAGUUUCCUGAAGAGAAGAGGGACGACGUUGUCAUUCUGUUUUCAGCACACUCGCUCCCCCUGGCUGUCGUAAACAGAGGAGACCCGUAUCCUCAGGAAGUGGGAGCCACAGUUCAAAGAGUCAUGGAGCGACUGGGACACUGUAACCCUUAUAGACUGGUGUGGCAGUCCAGGGUGGGGCCGAUGCCGUGGCUCGGCCCUCAGACGGACGAGGUGAUCAAAGGCCUGUGUGAACGAGGGAAGAAGAACAUCCUGCUGGUGCCCAUCGCCUUCACCUCUGACCACAUAGAGACGCUGCACGAGCUGGACAUCGAGUAUGGACAAGUGCUGGGGGAGGAGUGCGGUGUGGAGAACAUCAGGAGAGCCGAGUCGCUGAACGGGAAUCCUCUGUUCAUGAAGGCUCUGGCAGACCUGGUCCAGUCCCACCUGAAGUCCAACGAGCCGUGCUCCCGUCAGCUGACCCUGCGCUGCCCGCUCUGCACCAACCCCACCUGCGGGGAGACCAAGGCCUUCUUCGCCAAGCAGAAGCUCUCGUAGAAUCACACACACACACACAUAUGUGCUGCUGUCGCCUCUUUGAACAGCAGGGGGCGACCUGAGAGGAAACGAUUAUGGCCUUUUUGACAAACUGAAGCGUCACUCACACAAACGACAGUUUGGUCUUAUGUUUUUGUUCAUUUCUCUUUAAUGUAAAGAGAAACUUGACGAAUGAAAAGCCGACGCUCUUCUCAUAUCAUCGCGUCACAGCUACAGCAAAAAGCCUCACACUCGUUUCUUUGUUUGUUUGUUUCUUCAUCCUCGCUAACAUUCCCUACACUCAGCCCCUGCAAACCCCCGCUGGAGACCCCGUUACACUUCUCGCUGGUGCUACGUACAUAAGCGUCAACGGAGCCGUUCACACGCACACAGGAAACCUGCUUUGUCGGCCGUUUCUCUUCCUCCUCGCCACCGGCCAUUCAAGGCCGCGGCCCCGCCCAUCCCGCUUAAAAUCCCUGCAAUGUGAUUGGAGCAGUGCUCACACUGCUGCUGCCGCCGCCGCCUGAUAGGUGAAUUAAAGUGCGAGAAAUCAGCCCAGCGACUGGGAUUUCUGCAGUAAACCAGAGGGCAGCUGUAGUCCAGUGUCUGAGGUCGUGACCUCUCAGGGCGUCCAAUCUCUGGAUAUUUACACAAAUCAUACACAUGUUUAUUUUUUAUAAUUUUUACUUGCUUUUUUUUUUGCGCUUUUCUGCUGAAUUAACAACAAAUGGCUUAUAUUUGAAAGGGAAAGUGUUUGCUUCUUUACGUUUGCACUUUCUAUGACAUGUUUAUUUCUAAAGGGAUAUUGCGGGUUAUUUUGAGGCGUGGUCGUACUCCCGGUCUCUGAGAACCAGCCUUGGGACAGGGGUUACAGCCACUUGAUAAGUCACUGCACCAAAGUCCAUAGAGAAAAUCAGCGAUUUUAACGUCAGGAGAUGUUGAUCCACUGCUGCCUCCAUCAGUAAAGUUCCAAUGUGUUAUUAUGGGAAAUCUGUUUGAUUUCCUUUGUUCUGUUGAACAAAAGUGACACAAACUGACCAAAACAGGGCGACAGCAGCUCCUGUGUCCACGUGACCUAAAGCUGCUGAUUUUCUCUAUGGACUUUGGUGUUGGAGAGAGAACUACUGAACAUAUUCUUAAGAUAAGUAGAUUAUAUUAAGUGAGUUUUGUUAAAUGGCUAUAACUGCUAAAACCUGAACUAUCCCUUUAACUAUCCACUAGACAGUUAUGAUUAUUUAUGUUCGUUUUAUUGAGCUGAAGAAAUUAGAACCAUGUGUGAGUCAUGGUGCAGUACUCAAAGUUUUAAGGCAAAAUGUUUAUAAAGAUAGGUCAGUAUUCUCCAUAGUCACAAAAUAUGUCACAUCACUGAAGGUGUGACAAAGAAAAAGAAAAAUAGAAAAGAAAAGAAGAAGAAAAAAGGCUGUUAAGGGAAAAGUACAAAAAGCACUUAAGUAAAAAAAAUAAGGCUGAAGUUUUCUUUCUGUAGCUCAGAUGCGUCGGAGAAGAGAAUCAUGAGGAUGAAAUGAAAAACACUUUGUUUUAUUUUAUGACAUCAUCUUAGAAAAACAACAUGAAAAAAGAAGAAAAAAAGAGGUCGCUAACUUGACUCCGCCUUCUGCCUCGCCCGCUCACUUCGGGAGGAAACUCCCCCCAAUGUGUCAAAGUGAGAUCUUCCACUUCAUGGGUAGCAACUCGACCUCUGACCCCGUUUUUCUAACACCACACUCACAUGUACGCAACGUGCUAACGCUGGGGGUGUGGCCUGAUGGCUGGUGCUAGAGUUGAAGCGGUGUCCGUCAAUGUAAGCAGUAUAGACCAACUAUGUGGUGAGGCAACACUCGCCACGCCCUGAUUCAUACGAGAAAACACUCGACUUGUUCUAAACAUGUUAACAGUGUGGCUACUUCCUGUCAAAACGGGCUACUUCCUGUCAGAAAGCGGUGGGUAACAGGAAGUAGCUGCUCUUUCCCGCCGAGAAUUAAUCAGGGUUAUCCGGGGUACGGAACUGGGGCGAGGCGACGUAGCCACGCAUUCAGCAGCGUCUCAUUUCGACGCGUCCGUCACACGCUGUACCUGUGAGUGCGCCCCCUGCUGUUAAUGCUACGCCAUGACGAUGUGCCUUUUUUUACUCUGGCGAACUAGAAAUUACUGGACUUGUGCUUUAUGUUAAUCCCGUAUGUGCUUAACCAAAACACGCUUUUGGUAAAAAAUAAUCCAACAUCUUUUCUUGGUAGAGUUUGUGAUUUAAGAUGUCGGUGAUUUUCAAAAACGUGAGUGACACGAGUAAAUGACCGUUGACCACUCUCCACUAUGCUCACAUUAUCAGAGGUUACCAGGAAGCGUCGCUUCCUCCCGACGUACGUACAGUGACAAUAAUUUUGUCGUAAUUUCAUGACACUACACAGUGGGAUAUUUGCGUAAUCUCAGCGCUGAUAAACUCCUCCAGAUAAUCGUAUUCCUUCUCAAGUGUCCGGAAUGCGAACAGCGCAAAUCUUAUUCCGAUGCCAUUGAUCUUCUUUUGUACGUAACGUCAUUGUGUGAAGUUAAAAAUUCUCUAGCACUCAAGCUGCUGUCCAAGUGACUUUUUAAUCUCUGGAUUAUUUGUUGAGAAAUUCAUCAAAAUAUGGAAAAACUCUAAAUUUCCUGUGUUCACUCCCUUUAAUCGGAUCUGACACUUCAAAUGUAAUUGGAAAAAGUCACAUUUUGUGCAGAUUUCAGGUUCCCUGCAGUAAAAUUCAGAGGUCACAUGGUUUAGAUUUUCGGGGGUGUGAUUGAGUAAGUGUGUGUGUGUGUGUGUCGCAGCUCCUACAUAUCUGGAGCCAUUUGGAUUUAUUUAUUUUUAUUUCGCUUUUUUUGUUUUUUGGACAUGUACACAAGCAUCUGUCUCUUGUUAUAUAGUCUUUUUUGUAACAAUGGAGGGAUGAGAUGAAACGCCUGAUAACGAGUCUUCCUGCAAUAAUAAAAAGAUAAGAAUGAAUAAAUAAAUAACAGCU